AAGCUCAGAGGGAAGAGAUCUUUUUAUUAUUUGGUUUCUUGACUCCGCGGUCCUCUCCGCAGCUGGGGACGUACAUAUGACUUUUUCCCAUUUCACAGAUGGGGCGCCGGAGGUCUAGAGGAGCGGAGGCGCUGGUACUGAGCCCCCCCGCCCACAACGUGGAACCCAGGCCUCCCCCGACUCCAGGCCACAGCGCCUGCCGGUUGGGCCUCCGUACACACACCAGCAGCAGGUCCUCGCCUGGUCCUGACGAGCUCCGGGCCAACACGGAAAGUGCUGACUGGCCCCGGCCUUCCUUCGGGCCACAGCAGGGGCCCUGGUAGCUGCUGGCCUCGCUGAACUCGCCUUCCUCACUGAGAUGCGGGUGGGGCUGGGGGACAGGGGAAGGAAGACCAGCCACCCCAGAGUUACCCGAAGUCCCCUGACGCCCUGACCAACCCCAACCCCGCUGGGCAGCCCGGGGCGCGGCCCCCGAGAGUUUACGGGGAUUGCCUUGGGCGCAGAGCCAGUGACCCGGGUUGCGCUCCCUUGGGCAACAGGGGUGGCGCGCGGGAAGCGUGCUUUUUGCAUCUGGCAGGCGCCGGGGGUACCGGGCGCAGCGCCCUGGAAACCUCCAGGGUUUGGGGGCGCCCGGUAACCGAACUUAGUCAUGGAGAGCUCCUGGCCGAAAGCACAGGGCGGAUCUUUUAUCCGGUCCCAGAAGAAAGCUGUCCGGUCCGGUUGGGGCCGCGCUGGCCGCUCGCGUCACUCCCCUGGGAUUUAACAGCGGGUUAAUUUCCCCGUCCCGGUCAAUCCUUGGCGAGUCCCUCGCCCCUCCCUCUCCGGCUCUCCCCGCUCCGUCCCCUCCGCCUCGGGCUCCCCCAGUCCGCCCGCGCUACGCUCGGUCGCCCCCGCGCGCCCCGGCGCACGCCCUCCCUGCCUUGACCGCCCUCAGUCUCCCAGCGUCGGGCCGCCGGGCCCCGCGCGCAGCCCCGCUCCCGGGCUCGUCCCGAGAGCCGCGCCCGCGUCGCCGCGGCUGGCGCGGAUCCCCGGCCAUGCGCCCCUGCACCGCCCCCCGCGCCCCCGCGGGCGCCGCCGCCGCCGCCGCGCUCCGGCUCUGCAGCCUCCUGCUGCUGCUCCGGCCCGGGCACGCGUGCCCCGCGGGCUGCGCCUGCACCGACCCGCACACGGUGGACUGCCGAGACCGCGGGCUGCCCAGCGUGCCCGACCCCUUCCCUCUGGACGUGCGCAAGCUGCUGGUAGCCGGCAACCGCAUCCAGCGCAUCCCCGAGGACUUCUUCAUCUUCUACGGCGACCUGGUCUACCUGGACUUCAGGAACAACUCGCUGCGCUCGCUGGAGGAGGGCACUUUCAGCGGCUCGGCCAAGCUCGCCUUCCUCGACCUCAGCUACAACAACCUGACCCAGCUGGGCGCCGGCGCCUUCCGCUCGGCCGGGAGGCUGGUCCGACUGAGCCUGGGCAACAACCGCCUGGCGGGAGUGCACGAGGCCGCCUUCGAGACCCUGGAGUCGCUGCAGGUGCUGGAGCUCAACGACAACGACCUGCGCGGCCUCAGCGUGGCCGCCCUGGCCGCGCUGCCGGCGCUGCGCACCCUGCGCCUGGACGGGAACCCGUGGCUCUGCGACUGCGACUUCGCCCACCUCUUCGCCUGGAUCCAGGAGAACCCGUCCAAGCUGCCCGGAGGCCUCGAGGAGAUCCAGUGCUCCCUGCCCCUGGAGAACAGGAGGGUGUCCCUCCGCGAGCUGUCGGAGGCCAGCUUCAGCGAAUGCAAGUUCAGCCUCUCGCUCACAGACCUGUUCAUCAUCAUCUUCUCCGGCGUGGCUGUGUCCAUCGCCGCCAUCAUCUCCAGCUUCUUCCUGGCCACCGUGGUGCAGUGUUUCCAGAGGUGCACCCCCAACAAAGACGCCGAGGAGGAAGAUGAGGACGAGGACGACUGAGCCACCCCGCCCACGCCCCGCUUUCAGGAACCCACGCUGGUGGCUCCCCUCCAAGAAGAGAGGGAAAUGGCAAAAGGAAAACGACCACCGCCAGUGCCCAGAGCACAGAGUGGCACUUGCUCGGUGCCUCACACCCGGGCGGGCACAGUGGGCGGGACCUCUGAGCUCAGAGUCUAGAAGCCGCGGAGCCAGGCGCUCAGGAAGCAUUCCUGGAGGAGGGGCUGCCUCUCCGCCUGAGGUGUGUGCGUGUGGGACGUGAUGGAGUCGGGCUUCAUAGCCGCUGGCUGAAAACCAACCUAGGGCAUGUGAGACUAGCAGCUCUUGCCCACGAAGAUGAUAUGGGGAUGUCCAUGUCCCUGACCUGGCCCGGCAGACCACGCCACGCAUCUCCUUCCUCCCAAGAGGCGGCAGCUCAGACUGUGGGGGUUGGGUCUCCGCUCCCUCUCCCGCAUUUGGCUAGAGUGGCACCGAGGAGAGAGCUCAGAACUGGCCACAGGGCGUUUGUUGUUACAUUUUGGUGAGCGGGUCGGGAAAACUUUCGUCUCUGGAACUCAGACCCUGAUCCUUACCCGUAGAGGCAGCAAUCCAAAGAGGAAGGGCAGGCGUUUCGUUCAGCCGUCAGGGCCUCUGCUCAGAGUUACUCUUCCCUCUGAAAGUGUUUCCCUUCCCUGUCCCCACUCUCAGUCCCCUGAGUCCCUCCUCAGCCAAACAGCACCUGGCCGUUCUCUGGGCUGACCCCGUUCCAGGACAUGCGCUAAAACCUUCCUGGUGGCCAGGCUUCCAGAAAGCAGGUGGCAUCAGAGCCACACAAUGGUACAAUAUGACAAAACAAACAAACUGGGGCUUGGCCUCUGAAAAACCUCCAUCCCUGACCCUUGGGUGUGUGUGUGACCAUUUUUUGGAGCCUAGGUUGUGACAGGCAGUGUUUUCCAGGGUUGGGAAGGGGCACGCUGCUCAUGGACGAUGUUGAAAGAACGUCCGUCCAGGGCCCAGUGGGUUAAUGCGCGCCAGCCUGGGGCAAACCCUCGGGGCAGCAGCCCUGGCUGGGCCUUGCUGGGUCCAGCGGUCAGGUGAGGGGCUCAGGGGAUGCUCCGGGGAUGCUGCUGGGCGUUGCAUCUCCAUUGUUCUCCAUAAUACACGCAUGUGUCUGCCUCCGUCGCUCCUUUCCAGCUCUGCUUCCACAAAGAAUUACUGAGGGUUUGCUGGGUGCCAGGCAUUGACUGGGAAAGACAGGCCCCUGCUCGUGUGGACGUCCUCUUACAAGCGGUGAGGAGCGCCUUGACGGGCAUAGAUGAGGUCUUGUGACAGAGUGACCAGCAGAAGGCAUUCAAGAAUGGGCAGCUGGGCCCUGGCCAGAGUAGCUCAGCUGGUUAGAGAGUCCUCCUGAUACACUAAGGUUGCAAGUUUGAUCCCCGGUCAGGGCACAUGCAAGAAUCAACCAAUGAAUGCCUCAAUAAGUGGAACAAAAACUCUCUCUCUUUGUCUCUCUCCCUCCCCCCUUGCUCUCUAUAAAUAAAUAAGUAAAUAAAUAAAGUGGGUAGCUGGGUGUAUUAGGGCUCACUAGAAAAACAAAACCAAUAGAGGAGAUGUGUAAUCUAUCUAGCCAUCCAUCUAUCCAUCUAUCCAUCUAUCCAUCCAUCCAUUCAUGCAGGGAGGUUGUAAGGAAUUUGCUCACACGCUUUUGGAAGCUGAGAAGUGCCAUGAUCUGAGGUUGGCCAACUCGAGAGCCAAGAGAAGCCGGUGGUCUGGCUCCAGCCAGGUCCAGAGGCCUGGCCACCAGGUGCGGUUCAGCUGGAGGGCGUGAGAAGACCCCGGUGAGGCAGGCGGGCAGAGCGCUCAGGACUGUCCGCCUUGCGCAGUCCACACGUUCUAACGCCGAUCUCCUCCAGAAAGAUCCUCACACACACACACCGGGAACGACACAUCCCUGGCCACCGGGCAGCCCGAUCAAGUUGACGCAUAAAAUGACCCAUCCCACUGGGGAAGGGCUGUGAUUGGGUGGCUUGGAGCUGAACCCUGCCUCCUUCUCUCGCCUCCUUGCCGGCCUCCCUCCCUUCUUCCACUGUCUCUGCUCUUCUCCCCCACCCCUGACGCUGGAGGAGACUCUUGGUAACUCCUUCGAGCCUCCAGCAUGCUUGACUCCAGGGCAGGAGACCCCUGGCUGGGAGUGGCUUUCUUCUCCCACUGGACAGAUGGGGAAGCUGGUGGCCACUUCCCAGACUCUAGGGAACUUCAGCGGCUGAAUGACCACUUCCCUAAGUUCCGCCCUGAGUGCAGGUAACGCUUCCAUUGAGGAAACCACAUAGGCAGACUGCAGUUGGUCGGUCAUCCUGAGCCCCCAGGUGAUGCUCGAGUGUCGGUCUAAAGGUUGCAGCCAUUAUUUACACCUUGUUAUGAGAGAAGGUUCCGGAAGAAGGUUUUCAGAUCAGGAGGGAAGGGAACGCCACUGACAUGGCGCCCCCUGGAGGGAAGAUAAAACAUGACAAGGAGGACCACGCGCUCCCAGGCUGCGAGUGAGACAGAAAGCAAUCCGUUGGUUCGGCACCUCCCAGGCUUAGCCGCAGACUCAGCGGAGCAGUGGCGGAGACGAGACGAGACGAGACGUGCGGGGCUGGAACGCUGCCUGUCACCACAGUCUCCGCCCCCUGCCUCCCGGAGCGGCCUAUCAGGACCCAGCUGGGCCCCCAGCAAAGUCACACUGUGUUUCUCCCAGGAUCCUGGCAAGGAGGUGUCCCGAACUGUGGAAAUAGCAGAAGACCCUUUUCUAACAGGUUCUGGUGAAUGAAUUCCCUCCUAACGAGACCAUUUUACUCCUUAUCUGCAUCAAGGGGCUCCUUCUGGUCAGUGAGCGCGGACCCUGCAGGGCAUAGGGGCCAGGGGUCACUUCCCGAAUGAGUGAGUGACGAGGGGAGGGGCACCCCGGGCUUUCUGAGCACCAACCAACCAACCAUCAUUUCGGCCGGCUGCACCCAGCUUUGGAACGAACACGAUGCUGAGGAAGAGGAAGAGCUUUACAAUACAGCCAGCGGAAACCGUCGCUGCCUGGAUGUAAAGUUUCCGUGAAACACUGGGGACGCUGGGGACAAGCGGGACGUCCGCGGGGUACGCUGACCAGGAGCCACAGCUCCACUGGGAAGUGGCCCUUUAGACGGGACAGGGCACAGACAACAAGCGAUGAUGGUUCCAGGCUCCCUGAUUGCGGUAUUGGCCAUGGCAGUGACCGUGCUCUGCGGCAGCGGACGGCCUCCAGUGCAGCAGCCAGGGCCCUCGGAUCUGCACGUGUGUCAUUUGGGUCUCGGACGUCACCCCCCCCCCCCCCGCUCAGAAUCACUCUUGUUGCAGCAACCCGUAUAAUUUUCCGCACGGUGUGCACCGCGAUGUGAAAUUAUCCCGUUUCUUCGUGUGUCGUCUGUCUCUCUGGACCAGAACAGGAGCUGCCCUAGGGCAGGAGCCUGGGCGGUCUGUGUCGCCGGUGGUCAGAGCAGUGCCUGGCACUUAGUAGUGGCCCGACAAGAUAGCACGGGCUUGGAGCGCAGACCAAUGAGUUCCAGGCACCGCACUAGAAACGCUACAGACAGGAACUCCAUUCGAGCAUCCUCACAACUCCUGGCGAGAGCUGCCAUCGUCCCGAUCUUACAGAUGAGGACCCCGAGGCUCAGAGAAGGUGGAUGGAUUACAGUGUGCAGGGGGAGGCCCUGGCCACGGGUCCUCUGACCGCUGCACCGCGGCUCCAUCCAGCUGCAUUCCCUUCUCUGGCCGGCAGGGGCAGUGUGGAGUGACACCUUUCCUGGGUCUGUGCACUGGGCUCCAGGAAAAGCCGCCUGCACUGGCUAGGCACACCCAGAACGAGUUUCCUUUGAGCCUCACAUCCACCGUCUUGGACCCCAGCAAGAGAAUCAAAACCACCAAAGUAUCUUGUUUCACGGUCUCACUCUCCCUAAGAUCUGAGGACCAGUGAUUGUGGCAGCAUCACAAAUGAAUUCAUCUUCUCGUGGUAACAGUGGGUGGCACCAGUGCAGCCCUUAGACCUGGACAAAGGGUCCCCACUCCGGCCCUCCUCCAGCUCUGCUCUUCCCCCUGGGGUGAAGAAUUUGUGAGGCCAAGGACACCCACCCAGCCAGAAUCAGUGCCCUCUUCCAGAACAUUCUCUGGGCACUCAGGAUUUCAGAAUUUCCUGCUCAACUAUCCCCAAACUUGGGAGUGAGCCUGUCUUCCCAGCAUCCCUCCUCCAGAGGGGACGGAGUGGCCAGGCAGUAGAUAUCUCUGGGGGACGUGAGCAGGGUUUGGAUGUGCGGCCUGGGGUGUCCACACGGGGGAGCACAAGAGCCCUUGAGGCGCAGGGUGGAGCCAGGGCUGGGGAAGGAAAGGGGCAGGUGUCAGAUGGCUCAGCCCACACGCCAGAUUCCCGGGAAUGCAAGAAUUGUCAUUUAACCCUGGCCUUGCCAUUCAUUAACAAGGCAUUUUUGUCAAGGUAGCUGAGGAGAACAUUUUCUUUACCAGUCUAUCUUCAUUUGUGACUUAUGAAUGUUUUGAUAUGGGUGUGUGGAGGGUGUUUGUACUCUGACCUGGCUCUCCAGAUGGGCCUGGGUACCACAGCAGGGACCCAAGGGCAGCCACACACCCUGGCGGUGGCCCUGGGACCAGGCACCACUUCUGCCCCGCAGGGCUGGUCAGAACGGGCCUUUAUACAGAAAGGCUGAAAAACGUGCUCACACCGGUUGCUUCCACCAGCGACGGAGAAGGGUCUUGCAUCAAGCAUCCAUGCUUCCCUGUUCUCCUCUUCCUCCUCUUCCUCUUCCUCCUCUUCAUCCUCCUCCUCACCCACCCAGGGUCCUUACAGGUUCGCAUGGCCAACGUUACAGGAAGGAGUUCUAGGUGCAGCCAGCGGCUGGGGCCGGCGGCGUUGCCAACUCUGUUAAAUUUAACUGGACCCUGGAGCGUAUCAAGGCUCCAGGUCUCUAACAUCCCCCCACCACCAACCGAGCCAGCUGUCAGCCCUGGACCUUGGCCAUGAACUCAUUUCUAGUGGCUUCCGGUGCCCUCCAGAGUGAAAGUAAUUUAUUAUUUGCAAAGUGGUCUAGUGGUACCCAGCACAGGAACACCCCCCCAAAGCAGACCCCUGUGGGUUUCGUCUGCCUGCAGCCAACAAGGUAGCUUUGUGUUUUAAGACCCCAGGCCAAUA